CAAUUAUACCUUGAACCAAACAUGGUAUAUGCACAUCACUUCCCCUGGCCACCCCUCUGGUCCCCUGAUAACGGUGUCAAGUCGGUUGACACCCUAAUUUGCACCCGGGGCACCGAUCUCAGCUGAUCAGUUCAACCUGCUACGACGAUUCCUAAUUCUGGACCCUUCUCAUGCCAACCAGGGUUGUUGCGUGUACGGGGCACGCUCAAUUCCUUUCUUGUAUAGACUGCCCACUUUGUCUUCUUGCAGCAAAAUUUGUCUUCUUACAGCAAGACACCCAUAGUACCUCCCCCAACAAGCUUUCCGUCAACCGUGGAUGGCGCAUGGGUCACCAAGAUGCGUACCGGCUUUAGUAGAUCGCUAACAAAAUUCGCGGCUCGAUUCCUCGGGGCCGUAAGUAAUGGUUAAGACUGGGGCGAUCUCUGGAGUAGACUAUCUAGAUGGCUAGCCGAACGUCAUCGGUUGGACUCAACUUUAGCAGUUGCCAAUCCAACCCUCACCAAUCAACGACCUCGACCGUCGAAGACGCAGAUAUGCGAGCCCAACGCCUCGCGCCAGUUUCACAACCUGGAACUGACAAUGUUACCGAUCGUCUCGUCAACGGCACAGGUACCGCUUCUGACCAUAGAGCGAGCCUGGAAGCAAGGAUCGCUGCCCUCACGGCAACUAUUAACAACCCGACAACUACGAACGGAAAUUAACGACUUGAAACAACGGCCAUGUUGUCACGCAUGACGAUUUAACGACCUUUACGUCGAGCUAGGCCACACUCUAAACUACUAUAUUUUCGUCCGACUCCUUAGCCAACAUGGACAAGCCAUGAUGGUGAUGUACAACAGAAGAUUUCAACAAGAUCCCGCUAAAGCUUCUCUGAUGUAUCCGAGAAAGUCCUUCAAAAUACCACUUCCCCUAUUUUCCGAUUGCGGACGGAAAUGCUGGCUCACAAAACAGCGCUAUAACGAUUUCAUGUAUAAUACGAGAUUCUUUUCUUGGCAUGUAUAACUACCUGUGUAGUUUUUGUCUGGCACUUGAAGAUUUCAUUCAAUGUGCAUUUUCAAUUUCAUCUUGGAAGAUUUUGUGCUGGUAGGAUGUGUGGAUUAUUACCUAGGUAUCCCUUUCGGCAGAUCAAUACAACUGUACCUUGACUCCUUUUUAAGUGUAGCAUCGCACAAUCGGUAAUAUGACAUAACCACGAAUGUAC